ACUGAAAUCACCCAUAACAGCAUUUGAAACACUCAAGCCUGUCAAUUUGCAGCAUGCUCUAAGCUCUUACCUAAUUGGCUGCGUUGUCUUUUAUGUCAUAAUCAUAUCACCCAACAGUAAGCAGUAUCUAGAGUUACAGUAGUGAGACUGGGAUUUUUUUUUUCAAUCUAAAGUUUUUCUCUCUCCAAAAAAUAAAACAUCCGAAACUCAUAAGACAUCUUUAAGAAUUUCUUACAAAAACAUGCUGAAAGACAGUGGAACUUGUUUUCACCCAGAUAUUUUUGAUUUUACUAUCUUCAAUUGAUCAUCAACAGAUGUGGGAGCCACAUCUUUUUGUUGGUUUGGUCCUUCAGUCGUUGAGCCGAGAGAGAGAUGAUGAAUCUCCUCAAGACUGGCACCUGGAGAAGCAACGUUGCCUCUUCCUGGCUCAUGACAUUCAGUUUUCUUUGGCUGCUUAGCCAGCACUGUUGCAGAGCCAGUGCUGUUUGGACUGCUUACAUGAACAUAUCUUUUCAUGUCGGGAAUCGCAUGUUGUCAGAGUUGGGAGAGACCGGAGUAUUUGGGAGAAGCUCCACUUUGAAGACGGUGGCGGGAGUUAUUGUGCCGCCACAGGGAAAAACACAAAAUGCAUGCAACCCCAGUACCGUUUUCAGCAAACCGAAGAACUCAGAGACGUGGCUCGCACUGGUUGAACGGGGAGGUUGCACCUUCACACAGAAGAUCAAGGUGGCCGUGGAAAAGGGAGCCAGUGGAGUCAUCAUCUACAACUUCCCAGGAACUGGCAAUCAGGUCUUUCCCAUGUCUCAUCAGACCUUCGAAGACAUCGUUGUGGUCAUGAUUGGUAACUUAAAAGGCAUGGAGAUUUUGCAUUUAAUUCGGAAGGGAGUUCACGUCACAGUCAUGAUUGAGGUGGGAAGAAAACACAUCAUCUGGAUGAAUCACUAUUUUGUCUCUUUUGUGAUCGUCACAACUGCUACUUUAGCAUAUUUCAUCUUUUAUCAUAUUCGAAGACUUUGGGUAGCAAGGAUUCAGAGCAGAAGAUGGCAGCGGUUAACUACCGAUCUCAAGAAAGCCUUCGGCCAACUUCAACUUCGGGUCCUGAAAGAGGGAGACGACGAGGUCGGUCCCAAUGGCGAUAGCUGUGUGGUUUGCUUUGAACUCUAUAAGCCUAAUGAUACCGUUCGUAUUCUGACUUGUAAACACUUUUUCCACAAGAAUUGCAUUGACCCCUGGGUUCUAGCCCACGGGACGUGCCCCAUGUGCAAAUGUGACAUUCUUAAAGCUCUGGGGAUUCAAGUGGAUGUUGAAGAUGGAACAGAAUCUUUGCAAAUCCUAAUGUCGAGUGAACUGCCUGGUCUCUUGUCACCUAGUGAGGAAGGCCCUGGUAAUGAACCUCCUCCUGCAGGAAGGUUGGAUAAAGUGACCCACGUGGAGGUGGAGGCACAGCCUGCCUCUCAGACUGCCGGCCAGGCCGAAUCGGUAUCAGCAGAUGUUCAUCCUCCACCGUGACAACCUGGCAUGACCUUCGAGGAAGUGGAUUAAACCUGUUUGUGAAAUCAGGUCCUAAAUACUGACAAGCAGUUUGUCUGUCUGAAGUGUGGUUUUUGUGUCCUUUUUUUGUUACUUCAGUAAUCUACAUGCUUUGUCAAGUCUCAGAGACAGAAAAAAGUCCUAGCAGGAUUUUUUUUCCCUUUUUUUCAUCUUUGCUAACUGACUUUUUGUCAGUGUGGGUUAAUCCUCUGAGUAUAUAUGGUUUAUUUCCAUGUGCACAGGAAUGUUAAACCAAGGACAAACUUUAUUCCCCGAAUUUUUUUGUUUAUAUAUUGGACUUUAUUUUGGUAAGAAAAUUGUUGAUAUAUUUGCAUGUUCCUUAUAACAUAGAAAGUACCAAUGAAAUUUGAAAACCGUAAAUUACCUUUUAUAUGCUAGGAAGAAUAAAAUUUAUCUUUUGAUAUUUAUAGUACAAUAUACUGACGUUGAAGUCAUUGUGCUGUUUUCAUUCUUGGCAUGAAAAUUUUACUGUACUUCUGUAUUACUUUUGACUAGUUCUGUUCAAGUCAUUAGGGCAGCUUAUGUGAUCUGUGUGUGCAUAGUGAUAGAAAUUUUAAAGGAAAAUUCCUAGCACUCUUUAAGUGAAUUGCAGAUAUUUCAGUGCCCAGUAUUGCUUAUCAUAGUUGUUACAUAAUAUAUGGAAAAAUUUAAAUGAUGACGAAUUCCUACAUUUAGUCAGUGUAUUUACUUCUCAGUGUCCCACUUAUUCCCCGGUUCAUUUUUCUACAGUUAAAUAAAACACUGUAAAUAUGUCAGAUUAUUUGGGAGAUAAGUACCACAAUGUGGAAGUUAUUAUGACAUCUUGUUUUUUUGUGUACUGUAUUGCCCAGGAUCUAGCACAGUGCUAGACACACAAAUAUUUGAGUAAAUGGAUUUUUAAACAAUGUAACUCUUAUAUGUUAAUCUGAAACUGGACAGUUUAUUCCAAUCAUCCAAAAUAAUGGAACUUCCAUCCUGAAAAUUUUCAUCCCAAAUCACUUUGACAAAAUGGAAAAUUACAAUUGUUACUCUAGAAUUCAGUGUUAUAAUUAAGCAUGCAUAAUUGCAGUGAAGAGCUUUGAACUCCUCAGGGCUGACGAGGGGUGUGAAUUCUUGUGCAGCCCUGGAAGAGAGCUCUAGUAAGAGAUUUUUGUGAGUUGCUCAGUGCUAACAAUACUGGAAUUCAGAGACAGGCAGAAGCUGAUUCUGACCUCCACAAUGCCAAGGAGGAAGGAGAUUCCUCUAAGGCCAGAGAGAACUGAGAUGCAGCAAAAAUUAGGCACAUGGCCAGGUAGGGUGAUGGCUGGCUUGGUACACACAGGCUUUUUUCUUUUUAAAAAAAUAUCCAACCAUGGACAAGUGUUUUGGUUAAAUUAAUCCCAAGAGCUACUCUUUGAAGGGCUAGUAUAGCCAAAAAAAAAAAAAAAAAAAAAAAAAAAAAAAAAAAAAAA